UUAUAUUCAGUAUCUGAUUAUUUGAGGGUGCGAGCUGAAAAUUCACCACGGAGAUUACGGCCGGCGGCGGCCCUCUCUGUUCCAUCGCCCCAAGCUGCGCCUCAAGUUCCGCCUAAUUCCACCGACGAGCGUAAAGGGUGCCUCUCUCACACACACGAUGGCCUCGAGCUCCGGAAGCGGCGGCGGGGUGGAGGGCGGGGUCGGGGAGGGGCCGACGACGCUGGACGAGCUGUACCAGAUCAACGUGGUGCCGGCCGAGCUGCACUUCAAGUUCCGCAAGGAGCUCCAGGGCCUCCGCGUCGGCCUCAACCUCGAGUUCUACAACCUUGAGGUGAAUGACUUUGAGGCAAAGGUAGUACUGAAGCCUCUAGACUACGACCGGAAAUGGAAAUUCCAGUACAAGCCCAUCAGUGGCGACAUACAGCUGCUUUCCAAGAAGAUACCAGUCACAAAGUAUCUAAAUCUACAGGUUGGUAUUGGCCACAAUUAUCAUCUGAAUGCAACUGGAUGGAAGUGGAAGCUUUCUACUUGCCUGGGGGGAGACGGUAUCUCUCAAAUAAGAAACAAGUCAAAACUCAGCUUGUUCCCAGGGUUUGAUUUGAGGAUUGGAUGGAAAGCAGAAUAUGUGCUUCCAGAGAUUCAUGGGGCUGUUGGCACAGGAGAACCAGCCUUCAGUAUGAACUACGGAAGGUUGCAUGCUUCAAUAGAUCGGGUCGAGGCUAUUGUUACUCAGUCAGAUCGGUACUGAUCUUCCAAUGUGGAAAGGCAAGGGAGUUUCUUGAUCAACAACAAAGAUUUUGACCAAAUCCCAGGGGUACAAGAAGCAUUCCGAAGCUCCGGCCUGAUGUACAGCAAAUACCAUCAUACUUUAGGACCACGCUUUGAGAAACAGUUUAGAGUUCUCCAAACCUUUGAGCGGCUUUUCUUGUUUCUGAAAGCAUAAUUAAAUAAUGUUUGUGCUGCUUGUGUUCGGAAAUACCAGAGUAUAUCAGUAUAGUAAGCCAACGUCAAACCUGUGUUCUAAACUAUUCCGAAGUAUGAAAUUGCUUACACACUGCGUAA